AUGGCAGCAAAAUCUGAUGGUGUGAGGGUCGCUACCGGUUUCGCCCAGCUGCACAACCUGGACGAAACGGUGGGACUCGACGACGAGGAUCCGGGAGACAGCAGCGCCAUUCACAUCUGGCGCUGCUGCAACACCUCGUCCUGUUACUGGGGCUGCCGGAGCGCUUGCCUGCGUCCUCUCCGGAGAAAGAGGACCGAAGGCAGGCGGGCGCCGCAGGAGGAGCGCCUGUGGCUGGACUGUCUAUGGAUCAUCCUGGCGCUGCUGGUCUUCUUUUGGGACGUGGGCACGGACCUGUGGCUAGCCGUUGACUACUACUCCAAGAGAGACUACCUGUGGUUCGGACUCACUCUGUUCUUCGUGCUUGUCCCGUCGGUGCUGGUUCAGAUCCUGAGUUUCAGGUGGUUCGUGCAGGACUACACCGGGGGUGGUCUGGGGGCUGUGGAGGGUCUCAGCCGGAGAGCUACAGCAGGACUGAGUGUUGGCAUUUACAGCCGGGAUAGGUGCUGUCAGAUAUCCGUUUGGAUGUGGCAAGCAGUUAUACACAUUCUGCAGAUGGGGCAAGUAUGGAGGUACAUCCGCACCAUGUACCUGGGCAUUCAGAGCCGGCGUCAGAAGCAGCACCAGCGACGAUUCUACUGGGCCAUGAUGUACGAGUACGCUGACGUCAACAUGCUGCGCCUCCUGGAGACCUUCCUGGAGAGCGCCCCUCAGCUGGUGCUACAGCUCUGCAUCAUGAUCCAGAAGAACCGGGCCGAGACACUGCAGUGCGUGUCCUCUGUAGCCUCUCUCCUGUCUCUGGCCUGGGUCCUGGCCUCCUACCACAAGCUCUUGCGGGACUCUCGGGACGACAAGAAGAGCAUGAGCUACCGAGGGGCCCUGAUCCACAUCUUCUGGCGCCUGUUCACCAUCUCCUCGCGGGUGCUGUCCUUCGCCCUCUUCGCCUCCAUCUUCCACAUCUACUUCGGCAUCUUCGUGGUGCUACACUGGUGCGCCAUGGCCUUCUGGGUGGUGCACGGCGGCACUGACUUCUGCAUGUCCAAGUGGGAAGAGGUGCUGUUCAACAUGGUGGUGGGCAUCGUCUACAUCUUCUGCUGGUUCAACGUGAAGGAGGGCCGAACCCGCUGGCGCAUGGUGGCCUAUUACUCGGUGGUGCUGGCGGAAAACACGGUGCUGACCUGCCUGUGGUACGUGUACAGGGACCCGGCCACCACCGACGCAUACGCUGUGUCGGCGCUGUGCGGGGUGUACCUCAGCUUCGCCUCGGGCGUGGUCUUCAUGGUCCUGUACUACGGGGUGCUGCACCCCAUGGGCCCCCGCAUGCGCGUGCUGGCCAGCUCCUGCUGUGCCGAGCUGCUGUGGGGGCUCCCCCUGCCCCCCGAGGCUGAGCCCAUGGCCCCCACCCCCACCCCGACCCGCGGCUCCACCGGGGACCACACUCACGAGGAUCUGGCGACGGACACCUGCCUGCCCGUGUUCCAGGUGAGGCCCACCACGCCCACCACCCCGCGGGGCCGGCCCUACCGCCCUGAGGGACCCCUCAUCAAGAUCGACAUGCCCAGGAAGCGCUACCCGGCCUGGGACGCCCACUUUGUGGACCGGCGGCUCAGGAGGUCUAUCAACAUCCUGCAGUACAUCACCCCCAGCGCCGUGGGCAUCCGCUACCGGGACGGGCCCCUUCUGUACGAGCUUCUCCAGUACGAGUCCUCCCUCUGAGACCUCUCUCCCUGCUCCCUCUAUCCCCCCCUCUUAUCUCUCUCUCUG